CGUGUCCGGAGAGCCGCCGAGCAGGGAGCGCGCGUGCCGCCGGACCAUGGCCGCCGUCCGACUGCUGCUGUUGCUCUGUACGCUGGCCGCCGCCGUCGCCGCAGUCAGCGGCGCCGGCAACAGCACGGUGACCUGCGAAGCCGGCGCCUUCGCCUGCGCCGACGGCAUGCUCUGCGUCCCCAGCACCUGGCGCUGCGACAUUGAGCAUGACUGCUCGGACGGCAGCGACGAGUGGAACUGCGCGGCACCGGCGUGCGCCACCGGCGACUUCCGCUGCGACUCCGGCAGGUGCAUCCACGGCUCCUGGCGCUGCGACGGAGACCAGGACUGCCCAAACGGCAGCGAUGAGCAGAACUGUUCUUCGACCGGCUCAGAGCAGCCCGAGGACCACGAGAGGCCCGAGCGGCCCGUAAACCGCACCUGGGUGACCAGCGGUGGCCGGCCCGUGAUGCCCCAGGCCGUGAUGCUCUUGGCGCCACUGCUGCUGCUGCGCGGCGCUCACGCUCUGUAAUGAUCACCGGCGUGCGGUAACGUGACGUCACGGUGACCCGGGCGAAGGUCAUCGCCCUG